AUGGAUUCUCGCGCAGAUGAGCUUUGGAAGGAAAAGGUCGUGCGUUUGUUGGACCAGAGAGACGCCUAUGAGGACCUCUCUACGGAAUACUUUCAUUCCUUUCAUGUUCUUCUAGAAAGAGCCUUCCUGGUUGAACCUCUCCUCGCUGCCAACUCUCAACUUCUCUCUUCUCCAAAUUCUCCAGACCAUAAAUCUGCUGCACAACUAUUGGCACAGCUUUCGGUCUUGAAAAAGCAAAAUGAAACCCUCUCUUUAAAUUGCAGUAGACUAUCUUCAUCGAACAAAGACUUGGUUUCCGAUGUAAAUAACCUAAAGAAACACUUGAAUUUCAAGGUUGAGGAAAACCUAAUGAAAAACAACGCUUUGAAUUUGAUCAACGAUGAGCUAUUGUCUUUGCAAAUCCAAAAUAAUUUGUUACAGGACAAAAUCUCUAAUUUAGAAUCAGAAAAUCAAACCUUGGUCAACAGAUGGAUUGAUAAGGUUAAAAGCGAUGCUGAUAAAAUUAACGAUGCCAACGACUUUUUGCAAAACUAUAAAAAUUUUACCAAAAAAAAAUAA